CGUUGUCUGGCGGCCAGACGGACAGCAACAGUUGUCGCGAUGUCUGACAUCACAUGAGGCGCGUGCAGUGAACAUUGCGGCGGCGCUUUGAUCUUGGCCGCGCGUGCCGCCUGCGAUGAUACCGCCGUCACCUGGGAGCGGGAGGGGAGUGUAGCCGACAGCUGCGUGUCAUUCUGGGCUCCUCGGCGUCACUCGGCUCGCCAGCCUCCUCCUCCUCCUCCUCCUCCUGCUCCUCCUCCUGCUCCCCGGGCGCGUGGAGGUUAUUCUCCCCGCAGGUGAGGUGAUCCGGCCGUCGGGGCGGCUUCAUGUUCCGCUCGGCCGCGAAACGCGCUGUUGCGUCCGCGGAGCGUCAGAGCCGCGGAGCCCGCUGAGACACGCGGAGGGACGCGCAGGCCGAGCGACGCGCCGGAGCGCAGGGAGGGGGGGCGACCGCCGGUUCUGGCUCUCUGGACCCUUUGCGGAUCGAGCCGAGCCUCCUUCCUACCCACAGCCCCCACCCGUUUGGCCGGAUGGGGGGAAAGCAGAGCACGGCGGGGCGGCCCCGGGGUGCUUUUCCCGGCGUGUCUACGGAUGACAGCGCGGUGCCACCCUCGGCCCACUUCGGCCACUACCGGCCGAGCGGCACCAUGGGCCUGCGCAGCCGCUCGGUGAGCUCCGUCGCCGGGAUGGGCAUCGAGCACAGCCCCGCCGUGCCCUUUGGCUUCUACACCCCGAGAGGGACGGACUCGGAUCGAGCUGGAGGGGGGUCAGGGGGCACCGCGGCCCCGCACGGUACCGGCUACCGGGACACUGGGGGCGGAGGGCACCACACGGACGGGGUGCUCUAUCUGGGGUCCCGGGGGUCGCUGGCUGACACCUUGCCCCUGCACAUCGCACCGCGCUGGUUCAGCGCGCACAGCGGAUUCAAGUGUCCUGUCUGCUCCAAGUCGGUGGCGUCCAAUGAGAUGGAAGUUCACUUCAUCAUGUGUCUAAGCAAACCCCGCCUCUCCUACAACGAUGAUGUGCUGGCGAGGGAUGCCGGUGAGUGUGUGAUCUGUCUAGAGGAGCUGCAGCAAGGGGACACCAUCGCCAGACUGCCGUGCCUCUGCAUCUACCAUAAAAGGACAUCUCGGGGUCCUGGUGGACGUCUGGACCCGAAUCUGAAGAAACAAUCAAAACCACGACACACACUCACCCCGACGGCCCGCCGUCCUCACCGAGAAGAGACUUUGUGAACCGAAGCCAGAAAAAACGUGACUGUCGAUCCAUCGGACAUCAAAGAACCCCCCCCCUCCUCGACUCUCCACCCCGCCGACUCGAGAUCAAGAGCCCCCCCCCCCCCCAAUCAGCCCUCCCACAGCCUUAACUGGGGAGGAUGAAGACGAGCUGCAGGAACCAGAGACAUG